AUGAUUUCCCGGAGUUUGCUAUUACUUAUAGCCACCACAAGCGCUGCAUUCAUCGCUGUGGGCAACACUCACGGCCCAGGCUCCAUCACAAGCUCUGAAUGGAUACAGGCGUUAAAUUCACCUAAUGCUACCGGCAACUUUGAAAUCAGUGGGAAGGAUAUAUCUGAGUCAUGGCCAUCCGCAAACAUCAGUGGCUGGUCACUUCAAAUCAACGUUACAGCCGAUAUUCUCACGGAUGCAGAUAGUGAUUCAGACGAGUACCUUACCGGUACUAGCAUUAGACUGAACCCUCCAUCGUCCCUUAUCACACAAGGCGCGGACAACGGCUCUAGCAUCCGAGUAGACAAUUCGACGUGGCGAGUCUGUAUGAGUGUCUUCCACGACCUACCCUCCGACAUCGUAUCUAAGGGAGACAAUGAUAAUGGGUCCUGUUCUAAUGUGUUCGGUUCUGAUUGCACCAUGGCGUUACAGCAAGCCUUCACCACCAAUUACGACCCGGACGCAACCUGUGGAUCAGGGUUUACUGUGCCAAAGGCCUUGCCUUUAAAUGCAAACCUCACCAGGAACAGUCAAGUCACUCGUUUUAGCGGCAGCUAUCAUCAGAAAGGCAACAAUACAGAUUACGUAGAGGCUGUGAAGCACACAUCCGAUUAUGUUAACCUGGGGAUACAAAAACACAACGGAAGAAUGAAAUGGCACUUCCGUCGCUACCUCUACUCGUGGCACUACCUCUACUCGUGGCACUCAGAGGCGGUAGAAAUCUUUGAUAUGGACUAUAAUAGUUGCUACCGUCGUAAUGACGCGCUCGCGUAUUUUAUGAAGAAAGAUCAGAAAAUGGCAGACCUUGUGCCAAAUUGAGCGCCAAAUUAGUCUUAGCCUGUAACAACUACCCCAUGUCUUUCUGUCCAAACCAAAGCAUUUACAUCAUCCAUUUGUAUAAAGCAAACCUUCUGUUGUAAGAGUGUAGUUAUAAUGUUAUGGCUGGUGGUGUGGCGCGGUGUUUUGGUAGCGGCAAAGUGCAACUUAUUAGUAAGCAUUUCUUCCCCCGCUUUUCUUGAUCAUUGAGAUUUGGGAAUCAAUCUUGCUAUGUAUAAAUGGGAC